CGAAAUGAAGACUUGGUAAUCCGAGUGAGUUGGUUCUUCACUGCAUGUACUUAGCUUCGUGCUUCGUUGCAAAAAUGCGCCAUUUCGUAUCAAUGCCUGCAACUGCUGUGUUGCAUAAUUGUCGACACAAUAAAGGCUGGUGGUCACUUUAAUCACUGACUAAAUACUCAAUAAAACCAUGCACCAAUAAAAACUAGUUUUAAGGAUGCAUGCAUCUACACGCAACCCAACCAGCUGAGACCAGUCGCGACAAGUCGCUAUACGGAGACCUCAGCCCUGCCAUCAGCAAACCCCAAUUUUAGGGCAUUAAAACGGUCUAAAAAGCGUUGACCUUUUAUACGAAAUCGACAAAUUCCUUUACCGGAACACUUGUAAAUACAAGUACUCACAACUGUGUGAGAACCACAUUUUUAAGCAGGGUCACAUUAACCCUUGAUGAUGGAGUCGUGCGAAUGAGCAUUCUCUUGACCCCCGAAAUAUCACAGCUGCCCGCGCAAGUAAAUUGCAAUUAUGACAAUUUACGACUGGGCUUGAUAUUGCGACUUGCAUCAUUACCUGUAUUGUGCUUGCGUGUUUUAUACUGUUCAGAUAGUCGACAGCUGGCAAUAUAAGAUCUUUCUCAAAGUACUUUUCCUGUAUAGAAAAUGUCUGUGUUAAGAGUAACUGGUUGUGUUGUUGUCCUGGUCUACCUCUUCAUUGGUGUUGACAGCCAACUGCAGUGUUGGUGUACGGAAGUUUGCUCUCUCUCGGGAGGCAACAAAACAACAUGUAAAGCAGGACAGGUCUGUUAUACAGCAGAAAUCUUAGACACGAAUACCCAAAAAAUUAAGGUUAAAAGAGGUUGUAAAGAUUCUGGGAAUUGUUACGAGAAAAAGCACUGUGGAAACAGCGGUCCUUUUGAGGAAUGUCACAGAUAUGGUUGCUGUAAUACAAGCUUUUGUAUUGUAAGCAAUUGGGCAGUGGAACGAAAGGUUGCCUCUUCCUCCCCCUCUCCUUCCUCCUCUCCUUCCCCCUCUCCUUCCCCCUCUGUUAUUGUCAACGUUCUCCCUUCUACCACCUCCUCCCUAUUCACAACGCAAAAACCAGCCCCCAAAUCACCCUCUCCCCUGGUCCUCGCUGCUACACCAUCACCUGUUUCUAUGACAACUGAACAACCAAUGGUAAAAAUGACCUCGAAGCCGGUUGCGUCAGAGAGCAAAAUACCAACGAACCAGCCCAUGACGUCAGCAGCUGAUGCGAUGUCAACAAAACCGGAAGUGAAGCCGACCGCAAGUGAAGAUACAAUGACGUCAUCCAGCGUGAAGAUGGAACCCAAAGGGACACCAAGCCAUGUACCUGUUACUUCCUCACUCAAUGACACUCGUCCGACUUGUUCAUCUCAAUGUUUGUUCAGUUGGAAUGUGAUCUUCCUGAUCGCUGUCGCAGCCUUGUGUGUUUUGUUUUGAUCUAACUCGUGGAAAAUAUUGUUUAAUUGUUUUAACUUAAGAUGGCGCAUGGUUGACGCUAUAGCGUGCAAUGAUAUAAUCUCGUCCGUUGAAGAAUGAAACGAAAUUGUAUUUUUUUUUUCAUAUUUGAUUUAUAGUAUUUUAACAAAUUUGAUUUGAUUUUAUAUAUUCUAUACUUCUCAGAAAGUAACAGUUAUUAACCUCUAGUUUAAUGGGGAUAUUAAAAGAAAAAGUGGGAAUAUUAUUGGA